AUGGAACAAGAACCAUGCAGCUCUUCUGAAGUCGUGCAAACGGCUCGUAAUGGGCAAUCUGCAGAAGAUGUUAAGAAUGGAGCAGGAUCUGCUGAUGGUGGAUCCAUUGACGAUGGUGUUAUUCUUGGUGGUGAUGGGGAUCCCACGAUUAUUGAAGAGGAAAAUACUGAGGACGAAGAGGAUGCUGAAGUUGAAGAUGGUAUCCGUCGUGCCGAAGAAGCGGCUGCUUGUGCUGUUGAGUACCAAAAGUACAAUGAAGUAAUCGAUUUUGGACGUUCUGUCUACGCACUAUCUCAACAAAUUCCUAACCUAAGUGGGGAGACAAAAGCACUUCUAAACGACUCAUUGGCUACGAUAUGCCUCAUGGACCAUGCACAAUUUGAAUCACAUCAGCUUUUGAGUGAAGAACAUUUACAAGAUCUGGCAAAGCAGACGGCAGCAGCUAUACUAGGCGCGUUUGUUUUCAUUCUUUUUUAUCGAGUAUAUAAAUUUGGCGGCCGAAGCCCACAAUCACAACUUUCUCGAUAUUUCCAUCUAUGGGCAAAAAUGCAGUCUGAACUAGCGUCCGCAAAGAUACCGCACUGUGCAUUUACUGAUGUUACGCAGCUAGUAAGUUCAUCGUGAUU